CCGACCUCAUAUUCUCUUCUCACGGCGGUGAUCUAAUCGCCUCGACCCGGGAACAAGCAGUCGACCUCAUAUUCUCUCCGGACGCCCGUCGUCGCCGUUCUCAAUUCAGUUCACCGUCAUUGCUCGUCCCUCAUUAGCAUCCAAAAAAAUACAUACAUCCAUGGAUAUCACCAAGGUUCUACUGGACGCUCAGCACCGCGACAACGGCGUACGGUCAGCGGCAGAGGCCGAUCUCAAGCGCCUCCAGGAGCUCGACCUCCCCAGCUUCCUCGUGGGCCUGUCGUCGGAGCUCUCCAGCGACGACAGCCCAGCCGAGUCCAGGAGGCUCGCCGGCACAAUCCUCAACGACUCGUUGUGCUCCUCUGACAUCCAUCCGAUCGAUGAUCCACUCGUCCAGCGGUGGUUCAGCGUUGAUCCAUCCAUCGGAUCCAAGAUCAAGGAGUCGUCGCUCACAACGGUGCUAGCAUCUCCGGUUGCCGACGCCAGGCGCGCCUCCUCGCAGAUCAUCGCAAAGCUCGCGCGUAUCGAGGAGUGGCCGGACCUCCUUCACCGGUUGCUGGGCAACGCGGCACAAAGGCAGGGCGUGUCGCCGAUAAAGCAGCAGGCGGCCCUUGAGGCGCUGGAGCAUGUCUUCAAGAAUAACUACACGUACCUCAAGCAGGAUCAGGUGGACGACGUCCUCAAUGCCCUCAUCGUGGAGGCGAGCCGCGUGGAGGACGACCUAACCCGCGAUGUCCGCCUCGCAGCAGUUAGAGCUCUACGUAACGUUCUACGGUACGAAGUUUGUAGAAUUUUUAAAGACGAUGAUGAGAGAACCCGUAUAAUGGCCGCGGUCCUCAAUACCGCUAAAUCCGAAGAAGCGGAGUUCAGACAGGUGAUCUUUGAGUGCCUUGCUGCGAUUGCAUCCAGACAUCACGCCAAGUUAGAGCCCUACAUGGAAACCAUACUCGGGCUUACAACCCAAGCUUUGAAAGGAGGCGUGAAAUCUGUCACGCUCAAAUCUAUUGAGUUCUGGACCACUGUUUGUCAAGAAGAGAUCAGGCGACAAGACGACCUUCGUGAUGAUGAUGAUGAUGAUGAUGAUGAUGAUGAUGAUGAUGAUGAUGAUGGUGAUGAUGAUGAUGAUGAUGAUGAUGAUGAUGAUGAUGUCCUUGCUCCUGAUUGUGGCUUUCUUGGCAAGCCCCUCUCUUCACUUGCUCCACUUCUUCUAGAAACUCUUUUAAAGCAAGACAGAGAUGAUAGCUUCAAAGACCUAUCCACAAGUGCUAUGGAAUGCCUAAGCCUUGCCGCUAUAAGUAUUGGGGAUGCUAUUGUCCCUCCCGUGAUGCGGUUUUUUGAGGUUAACAUCAUAGCGCUUGAUUGGCAAAGUCGCAAGGCAGCUACGUUUGCAUUAGGUUAUAUCCUAGAAGGUCCCUGUCUUAAGAAACUUGCUCCCGUGAUCAACCCGUUGCUUGACAUGAUGAAAGACCCAAACAUGCACGUAAGAGGCACUACCGCGUGGACCCUACAACGGUUGUUUGAGCUUCGGCAUUCUCAAGCUAGUCCAAAUAGAAUCAUUACAAAUGCAAACCUUCCUCGGAUCGUGGCUGUGUUGAUAGAGAGUAGCAAAGAUGUCCCGGAAGUGUCCGAGAAAGUAUCUGGAGCUAUAUAUUUUCUUGCUCGAGGUUAUGGAGAAGAUACAAAAUCAAAGUCAAAGCCAAACUCGCCCGAGCUUUCACCUUAUGUUAGGCCUGUUAUUGACGCUCUCCUUUCUGCUACGGAACCUACCCCUUUCGGGCUUCCAGCAUGUGCAUCUGCUUAUGAAGCAUUGACUGAGAUUGUAAGAGUCAGCAACACAAGAGAAUUUGAAGCUUCCCUAGCUAUUAGAACGUUAAUGCCUAGUAUCAUGAGAAGAUUGAAUAUGGUGCUCAAUCAUGAUGGUGUAGUAAUUUCAUCAGGUGACAAGAUGAAUCGUGGCCUUCUUGAGGUUUUGUUGUGUGGUCUAGUUCAACUCAUAAUCGAGAAGAUGGGCAGCUGGGAUAUAAUCGAAAGAUCUGCACUUAGGGACUCUGCUCAAUGUGUAUUGCUGCUAUUGUGUCGCGCCUUAACAAGCGAUAGUUCUAGUGCACGUGAUAAAGCAGCCCUUGCCAUUGGUGCUCUUGCUCAUUCCAUCGGUCCAGAUUUUGGGGAACACAUGCCUAUGCUCUUGCAGUAUUUUACUGUGAAGCGGCUCUCUCCAACUUAUUUAGAGGUGAUGUGUGAUAUUUGCCAUGUCUUGGGAGAUAAAGUGGCGGUGACAUGUUGUGAUCAAAUUAUGGACGUUCUUUACAAAGGCAUGUCAGAUGUCGCUCUUAUACAUUCAAUUAUGGCAUGCUUUGGAGAGAUUGCCCUUGCUAUCGGUCGGAAUUUCGAGAGGUACUUAGAGACUGUUAUGAAAAUGCUUAAAGAAGCUGCCAACGGAAAAUAUCGUGCUGAUGUUUCAGAAGAGGGUAAGGUUGAGUAUGACGACCAGCUUAGAGAGGGAAUGUUUAAGGCCUACUCUAGCAUAUUGUGGGGCAUAAAGGACCCAAAAUCUGGGUUUAAGGUAAUGGCGACUCUAAUGGAGUUCAGUGAAGCUGUGUGCAAGGAGCAGAGGAGGAAUACAAGUGUGGUGCACGCUGGGGUUGGUGCCUUUUCUGAUCUUCAGUCGAUUGUUGGGUCAUGGAUCGAGGACAUGAUCCAGGUUCAGUCAGCAGUCAUGGAGGUUGAGGCCACAAAUUAAGGCAUGCAUUUUAUUUGCUCAGCAUGCAUGUAAUCAUCCAUCCAUCCAUCAGCUUAUGGGUGUAUCAUGCUGAUAAUCAUUCAGUAUGUAUAAGCAUGGGAUCGAUUUUCUGCACCUCUUCUUGCAAUGAUAAUCUUGCAUGCUUC